CGUCUGCAGCGUCCAGCACCUGUCUCUGUCAUGGACAGUUUUGUGGGCUAACAAGCUCAAGGUUCACUCUCAAAAGCUCUGCCGCACGUCAUCGGCGCGGUUGUUGUCGCUCCUCUGAGGCCUCUGCAUCACCAGCCCGCGGUGGCUUGGGCUCACUCACGAGGGUGCUUUUCAACAUGCGACCUCUCACCCUCCUCACCAGGCUGCCCGCCUCGCUACCCCUGCUGCUGAUGCUGCUGCUGCUCGUGGCAGCGCAGGUCGGUCUCAGCCAGGGCCAGUCCGACGCCCAGCGACUGCCGACUGCCAUUCGGAAGAUGAGCCCCGACGCCGGCGAGAAGCUGCUGCACGAGUACUACGCUUUCGGUCCGGAUGACGAGGUUGCACGGGUCGGAUCGAACGCCCAGCCGGCCACCCUGGCCAACCCUGUCUUGGACAUCCAGGAAGAGGAGCUCCUGGCCGCGAACUCAUCGGCUGCCAUCUCAUUCCGCGCCCCGUUUGCGCCCCAUUUUGAUUCGUACUUGGCAUCGAGGGCAGAUGAGAGCCCUGCGACCGGGUGGCACCUGUUUCAGCGGGCCAGGGAUGUCAUCGCGAGGCUGGAGAAGAGGCAGUUUGCGUGUCCAACUGGAACGUCAGCUUGCUCGGCCAUCGGCUUCCCUAACAGUUGUUGCCAGGCAGGGACAGAGUGCGUGGAGAUUGCCGACACCGGCUUGGGGCCAGUGGGAUGCUGCCCAGAUGGCAUAGAAUGCACUGGGUCAAUUGCCUGCUCAGGAUCUCAGCUAGGCUGUCCUUCGGACAUUGGUGGUGGGUGCUGUAUUGAUGGCUUCGUCUGUGCCAGCAUUGGAUGUGUUCAGAGUGCGACUGCCACGGUGACCGUGGUAACGUGGACGAGCACCCUCACUUCGACAGCCAACAACGGUUCUCCAACAACCGUCAUUGUCACCAUCACUGUCGCGCCAUCUGCAAGUACGACAACUAGCACAACUACCUCGACUUCAACCUCCACGACAGAGUCAUCGACCACCGCCACCUCGACGUCAACCGAGACCACUGCCGGCCCAGGCGCCCCCGUCCGCCCAACCUCGAUGAGCACCCUGACCACGCCGCCCGGCUACUGCCCCACGGGCUUCUACGCCUGCUCAGCCGUCUACGGCGGCGGCUGCUGCCAGACCGGCCGGGACUGCCACGUGACGUCCUGCCCAUCGACCGCGUCGACCACCAUCAUCUCUGGCGACCAGACGAUCGUCGUGCCCGUGACAGCGGUGCCCACCACCACCUCGGACGCGACCUGUGCCGGCGGGUGGUCCCUGUGUCCCGCGUCGGCGGGGCCCACUGCUGGCUGCUGCCCGUCCGGUUACGACUGCGGCACGGCGAGCUGUUUCCUCGCAACAGGUAGCGCGACGGCCAGUCUCGCCAAGGAGUUCCCUGCCAACAGCGGCGCGGGAGGGACAAAGGAUGCGAGGUCGAUGAGCUUGAUGAUGAUACCCGCCGCUCUAGGCUUUACUUUCGGUCUGAGAUUGGUCUUGCGAUUGUGAGAGCACGCGCUGUUCUGUUUGGGAUUUGAACUUUCCUAAUGUCUGCUCAUUUGCCGAAACGCUUUGAGGCCUGCUUUGAAAGUUUGAGAGAUUCGCAUGGAUGAGCGAGAAAAUUCUGGGAGUUAGAGAGUUCUGCAAGGUGCAAACCAUAGUCAUGGGAAUAAUCAUGGCUUUACAGGGAAACGAG